AGGGGGCUGGGGAUAACAUGGCGGCGAUGGUCGGGCUUGGGCUGCUCGGCCUGUGGUAGCGGGAGAGAGAGGGUCAGGAUUUCCGCCUUCGGGGCGGCAGGGACUGGUUUCCCCCCUGAGGAGCUGAGAGCGCUGGGCUGUGGGUGGUGACGGUGGUUACCGCCGGCGUGGCGGAGAGCGGUUUGGGGACAUGGAGACGCCGCGAUUGGAGCAGCUCUUCGACUUUAGGAGAAUUAUCGUGCGAACAAUGUGCUCGGUUUUGGGCAUGUUUGUUUCUCAAGCUGACCCCAGGCAACGAGAUAAAAAUGUCAAAACCUACAUUGCCAACCAUGUCACCCAGUUUGACCACAACAUGCUGAGUUUCAUCACACCAUGCCACACGCCCUUGCUGGAUGGACAGCCUGGAUUUGUGAGCUGGGCUCGUGGCUACCUGGAGCUGGGCUGGGUAGACAGCCGAACACGGUUAGUGGAGUCACUUCGAGAGUACAACUCCAUGGAGGGCGAGCAGACAUUGUUGUUAUUCCCAGAGGAUGAAAUGACCAAUGGAAAGGUUGGGCUUCUGAAAUUCAGCUCCUGGGCCUUUUCUGUAGAUAGUACUAUUCAACCUGUGGUGUUAACUGUGAAGAGGCCCUUCAUUGCUGUGAGUGUCGUCGAUUCCUCUUGGGUUGCCGAGCUGCUGUGGAUGUUUUUCAGUCCCUUCACCAUAUACCAAGUAAGGUGGCUGCCCAGAAUGUCCCAAAUGGAAGAUGAAUCAGAGGAGGAAUUUGCUGUCAGAGUGCAAGAGCAUUUAGCUAUGGAACUCGGCAUUGUAUCGACGACUCAUACUAAGUCUGACAAAUUGGAAUACCUCAAAAGAAUGAAGCACGUGGCACCACAAGAGGCCAGCUCAGGAACUAAUGCCCCAUCUUCAGGAGCUCGACCUCGUACCUUCCUUCCAGGAUUGAACCUCAGCAGCCUGUCCGCAGAGGAUAUUCGGAUCGCUGGAAUGGCAAAGCAGGUCAAAGAGGUUUUGCCUCACAUCCCACUCAAUGUCAUUAAAAUGGACUUGGUAACUACAAAGUGUGUGGAUACAACCAUCACCAACCUGCUGGAGGGAAGAGUGCAGUUUGCUCCAGAAGAAGUUUCAGUCAGCUCUUCCAGCUUGUCCUUGUCAAAUACGCCUCACGCUGCACCUCACAAUUUGACCAUGUCUCAGAAGAAGGUGCCAAGGCAUGUUCCCUCACCCAAGCUCAUUUCUAAAACGACAUUUGAGAAAUCGCCAGUUGACAGACAUCUGUCCCUGCAAGAGAGGAAAGAAGCCUUGUAUGCUUACGCAAGAAGGCGAUACAUUGAGAAGCAUGAGCUGCAGAUACAGACCGAUGAGAGCCAGGACAGCGACAGGGCCUGAGACUUGCAUUUCAGCUCGUAGCUCCACAGAAAUGGCACUUGAAGUUUUCUUUUCUUUCCUUUUGCCUUUUUUGGAGAUUGUUUGUCAUUUAUUUUGGAAAAACUUUCUCUUCGAUAAUAUGGGUCUAAUUUUUAAGAUAUUUUAUGGCAAACUUUUCAACAAUCACUUGCUGGGGAUGGGGUGAGGGAGGGAGGAGUUCUGCAGAGUGAUCUGCGUAGCAAUCAUGCAUGUUCCUGUCAUGGAUACCUCUGGGAAGCAGUUGUGUCCUUGUAUUUUUUGGAGUCUUUAUAAAGAGCUUACAACUGAUCUCCUGCCUCCUUUCACUGCCCUACUGUUUAUUGAAAUGUUUUAGUCUGUGGAAUAAUUCCUUGUGCACAUGGCUUUUGAAUGUUUUUUUACUUAGUGAAACAUCCCAACGAGCUCAUGCUGUCCAACUGGGGGAUACAAUGUGGGGCUGGUGCGAACAAUACACUCGUACAGUAUUCCUUGUCUCUGACAGUUGGUGUGGAGAGAGGGGGGAAUGGAGAGCGGCUUCUGUAGUUCGACACUGCACACUUCCCAAGCACUUUUCGAGAUGUAGCACAGUAGCUGGAGCAAUGAGCCCGUACCACCCAAUUACGCCCAUGUGACCAAAUAACCAGCCAACUCCAUACCUCUUCAGAAUGUGGGGAGAGACCAGAGCACCUGGAGGAAAUCCAUGCAGUAACGUGGAGAACGUACAAAUUCCUUACAGACAAUGGCAGGAAUUGAAUCUGGGUCACUGGUGCUGUAAAGCGAUACACUAACCACUACGGUUCUAUACUGCCCACUAUUUUCUGUUGGUAGAGGGGUAGCUCCGGGUUUAUCAGAAGCUCAGUUAGGGCUGAAGUUCAGCAGCUGUCUUAAUGCAUUGGUCAAACACUGAUUCUAUUAACAACUAAACAUGAGACAGUCUGUGGCUGUCACCCAGUGACAUUCGAUAAUUAUCUGUUGGCAGUAAUAAAUCCCAGUAGCAAAUGGAAGACUGAUUGUCAGUAAUUACAUUGUGAGUUAACACAGUAUCUGAGCUGUUCCUAACCCUCCUGUCUCCUACCAUUGAGAUAUUCCUCUGUAUGCCUGUUUGUAGUUUGGAAAAUAAA